GCUGGAGUAUGUGGAGGCUCUGGGGACCCUCAGGACAAAGCAGCAGGAGAUCAGGGAGCUGCAGAAGGCUCAGGUAGAAGUGAAGAGGGAGCAUGAGGGAGCCGUCCAGUUGUUAGAGAUGCUGCCUGACCUGCUGAGUUCCUCCAGUGUUUUGUGUAUGCUGCCUCAGACUAUCAGCUGAUGCGCUGAGAUGGCCGUGGAGCCGUGUAGGGCGAGGUCUGGCCUCGUGUGGGGCGGAGAGGGAGAACAGUGGGGGCGCAGUUACGUGGAAUGUCUGGAAACGUACCUGCCUGGUUUGGGCAGAUGUGUAAAUGUUUUUCCUGCUGUUUCUUUAACGCUCCAGAGCACGCUGGACAGCAUGCAGGCCAAGGUGUGGGAGCUGGAGCGACAAUGCCAGGCACAGAGCGAACAGUUCCACCAGCUGUCCCACGAGCUGCAGACGUUCCGACAGAGCGCCAGUAACAUUGACCUGCUGAAUAAACCAAUCCUCCCGUGGGCCAGCACUGGCCCAGGCAGCAAGUUACCGACCCAGCUGAAGAAUGGAGUGUCCAACCCUCUCUCCAAAGGUAAUGAAAUCCCUUCUGGUCACCAAUCAGUGAUCUGCGAGUACAUCAGACCCAUUCCGAUGUCUGGCGUGAAGCCAGAGCUCCUCUCUGUGAAACCUACACUCCUCCCUCGAUGUACAGCCGGCAGUGCAGGCCAAGACCAGCUCUCUGAGCAGAUGGACGUUGAACUCGACAGUGGCAAUCCCAAAAUGAGGUACACCGGGAAGGUCCGUCUGUGCAUCGCCCGCUACAGUUAUAACCCCUACAAGGGUCCAAAUGAACAUCCUGAGGCAGAACUCCCCCUCGUGGCUGGGAAGUACCUCUAUGUUUAUGGAGACAUGGACGAAGAUGGUUUCUACGAAGGGGAGCUGAUGGAUGGUCGCCGAGGCUUGGUUCCUUCAAACUUUGUGGCCUUGCUGCAGGACGAGGACCUGCUCACCCACCCUGUGGACAUAGAGCUGGAUAGUAACCUGCCAAACUCCGACAUGAACCAUGUGGACCUCCAUCUCCACAGCGACCCCGCGCCGCCGGAUGUCAAAGCGGACGGGUUGUUGCUGAAUCAACCCCCAGUGCAGGUGUAUAGCAACAGCCCGGGGGUGCUGGACGUCAGCAUCGAUGAGAUCGGCGAAGACAUUGUGCCUUAUCCCCGGAAGAUUAGCCUGAUUAAACAACUGGGCAGGACGGUGAUCGUUGGCUGGGAGCCAGCGUCUGUGCCCCUCAAUUGGGGGACCGUACAUAGCUACAAUGUCCUGGUCGACAAAGAGGUGCGGACUAACAUCCCCGCGGGGGGCAGGACUAAGGCGCUAAUCGAGAAACUCAACCUGGCCAACUUCACCUACCGCAUCUCUGUCCAGAGUGUGACGGACCAUGGCACCUCAGAUGAGCUGAGGUGCACUCUGCUGGUGGGCAAGGACGUGUGCGUGGCCCCCUCCCACCUGCGGGUCGACAACAUCUCGCAGACGACAGCCGAGGUCUCCUGGCAGCCCAGUAACAGUAACUACAGCCACACCAUCUUCCUCAACGGGGAGGAGUUCGACGUGGUGGGGGCCGCCAGCUACAAAUACCAAUUCUUCAACCUGCGGCCCUGCAUGACGUGCACCGUGAAGGCCGUGGCUGAACCCCACCAGGUGCCCUGGCAGCUGCCCCUCGAACAGCGCCAGCACCGCGAGGGCACCGUGGAAUUCUGCACCCUGCCCACAGGACCCCCUGCACCCCCUCAGGAUGUGACAGUGCAGGUUGGCACGACCCCAGGAACCCUGCAGAUUAACUGGAAACCCCCUCCCCUCACCUCAACGGGGACCUCCAAUGGAGCCCGAGUCACCGGCUACAGUGUCUGCGCCAAGGGCCAGAAGGUUGCAGAGGUGAAGAUGGCCACGGCGGAGAGCGUCAUCGUAGAUUACCUGCGGAUACAGAACUUGGAGACCAGGGAGAUCAUUGUGCGGACGGUGUCGGCACAGGGAGAAUCCGAGGACUCGUGCGCUGCUGCGAUCCCGGCCGAGCUGCUGGGGUCUUGCCCGCCUCGCACCCCCGCCAGAACCCAGCCGUCACUGAGUGCCAAAGUGCCCGAUACCAAAGAGCAGCCACUCGGCCCAGUGCCGCAGAGCGAUGGGCCAUGGGAGCCAGUGCCCACCCCACCUCAGCUCCACGGAUCAUUGUUGGAGCCCACUGUGCCCGGCUACGCCAACCGGAGUGGCAGUGCCAGGUCACCGUCGCCGCAGAGAAUCCUGCCGCAGCCCCAGGGAGCACCGAUCUCGAACAGCAUGGCAAAAGCGAUGGCUCGAGAGGCCGCCGAACGCAUCACAGAAAGCAACAAGGCUGAGAAAAGGAGCGCAUUCAGCCAGAGGAGCAACACCUUCCAGCAGGAGAACUCGGACGAGGAGGAGGAGGAGGAGUACGAUACCCAAAGCAUCAAGAGGCCCGGUGCGUCCGUGGAUGAGUUUCUGAGACGUUCUGAGCUGGGCAGGCAGCACUACGGGCAUGCGGACAGCUACCACUCGGAGAGCAGUCGGGGGUCCGACCUUUCCGACAUCAUGGAGGAGGACGAGGAGGAACUCUACUCGGAGAUGCUGUUGGAUGAGGGUGGUAGGCGAAGGCACAGUGCGACCUCACACACCGCCCUGAAGCUCUGCUGUGAGAGUAAGAUUGUCGGAGGAGCUCAGCGGGAAGGCACUGGCGCCGCCCCACACGCUAACAAACUCUGCAUUAUCCCCGAGGGAGCGGGCAGGCAGCUGACCCCCCGGCCCGAAGACGCACACCUCUGGGCCAGCGACACAGAGACCCUGGGCCCUGGGCCAGGGGGGCAGUGGCGAGACCGCGCACCGCGCGCCUGCCCCGGCCCGGAGCGGAGACCCCGGGCGAAGUCCGCCUCCAGCGUGGCUCACCUCCUGCGGGAGGACGCGGCGGGUGGCGAGUGGAGGAGGAGUUCGGACGGCGGGGGCCGGCGGGAGGCGUCCGGACCUGUAGCCCGUCAGCAGCGCACUCCGGGCGCCUGCGGGCCCCCGCCCCAGAUCCGGCGCCGAGCGUCCCUGCAGAGGCAAGUUAGCGUGGAAGAGGAUUCCUUCAGCGAGGGCGCUUCGGACGGAAGAUGCACAUCGGCGGCAGGGGGUGCCUGUAGAGACGUCCCAGAACACAAGGAAGGAAAGCACCGCGUCCCGGGACGGCAGAAGCAGUCUGGCCGGACGACAAAAUUACCAACAAGUAACACUAGUAUACCAAAUCCAAAUGCAGUUACUGUUUGUGUCCUGAGGGACAAAGAGAGACCGCUGAUGCUAGGCAACUCUGGAUCCGGCCGCAUGUCGGACAGGAUGGAGCACGCGGGCCGAAGGGCUUCCCACGGCGGUACUGGUCAGCGGGCCAGACCGAUGACUGUGCCUUCCAUCGAGAUCACGGUGGACAGUAACAGCGAGGGCGGCCGCUCCCACUCGGGGAGCGAAGGUGCCAUCUCCCCCUCCCGAGAGGAUGCUUAUUACCGCCACGUCACAGGGAGGAGGAAGUGGCCACACCAGCGCAGCACUGCCCCUGAGAAUCGCUACGACAGGUACUCUGGGAGAGAACUCUACGAUGAUGCCGACCCUGCACUGUGUGGGGCAGACGUGCUGACCAGGGUUUUCGUGGCUCUCUUCGACUACGACCCGUUGUCGAUGUCACCAAACCCCGAUGCAGCUGAGGAAGAGCUGCCGUUCCGAGAGGGACAGAUCAUUCAGGUCCAUGGGAGCAAGGAUGCAGAUGGGUUCUACCACGGAGAGAUUGACGGCAGAGUGGGUCUCAUUCCCUGCAACAUGGUGUCGGAGAUCCAGGCAGACAGCGAAGAGAUGGUGGAACAGCUGGUGACACAGGGAUUCCUGCCCCUCAACACUCCUGUGGAGAAAAUUGCCAACUCUGAGCGUUACAAAGAGAGUACGCGCUCUGUUACCCGCAGGUCCCGAAAAUCCAAACGAGAGCGCGACAGGAGGAGCAGCCGCCCCUUUCCCCUCACGUCCCGCAGGAUGGUGGCUCUGUACGACUAUGAUCCGAGGGAGAGCUCCCCAAACGUUGACGUGGAGGCGGAGUUAACGUUCUGCGCAGGAGACAUCAUCAGCGUCUGGGGAGAACUAGACGAAGAUGGCUUCUAUUACGGGGAGAUUAACGGGCAGAAGGGCCUAGUCCCCUCCAACUUCCUGGAAGAGGUCCCUGAUGAUGUCGAGGUUUACCUCUCCGAAGCCCCAUCCAGGCAGCCACCGGAGGCACCCACGCAGGGCAAAGGAAAGAGGGUGGACGGGACAGUCUGAUAGGCAGGAGUGAAGCCGUGCCGUUCAUAAGGAUGAAAUCCCGGAACUGCCAUUGACUGGGAAAUGCUUCUGUAGUAAACCUGAAGGCACGGCAUUCUUGUUUCUCUUAUUAAAGUUUGAUCGACAGUGAGGAUCUCCCCAGCCUGCUGCAGGUGCUAUCUUUUUCUUUAAAAAGAAAAGCAGUUUUAGAAAAUAUAUAUUUUUGCUACAACCUCCUCCAAUAAACUUCAAACCCAACUGUUCCUGAUUCGGUCGGAGGAGAGGCGGUGGUCAAAUGGCCUUUGCUCUGCGCACGCCCUCCACGUCACACUGACGAUCGUGUCGAUGCAUGGGGAAUGUGAUUCCUCGGUGACGGACAGACUGACGGGAAGAAUCGAAGGCAAAAAUGGCCUGCUGAACUCCAGGGUAGCUCGUUGGAUUUUAAGUUAUUUGUCUCCAUAAAGCCUGGGUUGAUGUCUAGUGGAAAACGUGGCCUUGGGAAAGAGCCCUACUAAAUGCGCAUUCCAAAGCCUCCACCUUAAGCACAAGUUCCGAGUAUCACCACAGUGACACCGCCCGCAGCAGAACGUGAACCAGCUCAACCCUCAGACCUGUCUCCCCAUUCCACCUUAGACAACACUGUCUCUUGUAGAUUAGAGAUGAAUAUGCUAACACGUAGAACAGCUACAAGUUUACAGGAACACGGGGAGCUCUUUCAAAAGAGCUAGUACAAGGGUGAAGGGUCUUACCCGUGCUAACGAGACUGUCCGUUGGUUGGGGCCCACCAUGGAUGGUGUGUCCUAGUGUCUACGUUCAGUUGAUACGCGAGCCAGGGCAGUACGAUAUGGAGAGCAAGCUGUUGCCCAUGCAGCAGGCCCCCCCUCUCCACGCAGCGGAUGAUUCCAAAAGAACGGCUGAGACCGAUACAGUUCGGCACCAGCGGCAUCGCAGGAGGUGCCAGUCAGCGUUGAGCUUAACGUAGGACUGCCUUCGGGACUCCAGCUCCGGGUUUACCCUCAUGGUUUACUCCCAAAGCCUUCCCCAUGAGUGGGUGUAGCCACAAGGUGGCGUAGGCUUGAGAUCAGAGAUUUCCUUCUCCCAGAUGAGCUGCCAACCACAGCUGACGAGCCCCGUCUGCCCAGAGCCUGUGCUAAUGAGAUUGUAUAAAAACGUACAACACAAUAACAGCUUUUACUCACUCAGACCUGUUGAACCUCAUUUCAGUUUUCUCUGCUUUUUUCCCCACACUGUACACCCCUUCCAUACACUGAGUGUAUGGGGUGUCCGGGGAGGGGUCGCACCUCUGUUCCAUUCUGGGGCAGCUCACUCACCUCUGAUCCCCACCGAACACUCAGCUCUCACCCGUGGCUCUAAGUAGCCGUUUGCACAUGACAGAGGCCACACCCCAGUACAGGUGGGUUAAACCAGGUGAUGGUAGCCGGCAGCCUCAUACCCCGGUGAGAUACGGACGUGCCUGUCCCAGCAUGUGAAGUCAGCUCUGGCAGACUGAGUGGAUGAGAUCUACAGUGAGAUCCGACGGCCAGGAAGGAGGUUCUGCAAUGCUCCGUGGAGAGAGAAGGGCAUGACGAGGUACAGAAGACAUCAUGGUCAUUCACUGCAUCCAAGGAAGACUUCAGUUUGUGAUGCUUGUUUGUACCACUGGACCUGGAUUUACGAGGUCGAGAGAGUGGAACUGGCCCAGUGCAAUGGCUUUUGCACUUUAAACUCUCCCGCACAGGUUUCCCACCAAUGGACAACCAUUACCCUGUCUCUUCCAGAUAACUUGCAUCCUUUUGAACAUCAAAACAUGUCACCAAAAACCUACCCAGCACUGAGCAGUCCUGACAGUGGGGAACUGAACCAAAGGGGAGGGUUAACCCCCUUUUAUGGAGGAAUGCUGCAGAAUCACUCGCUAGGCCUGUGGAGAUUGUUCUCAAUCUCAGCCACCUUUUCAAAUUUGAUCAGGAGCACCAACUUUACCCUAUGUAAUAUUCCAGAGUGGGAUUGAAAGCCUAAACGAUACCCAUCUCUGUAUUUUGCAUUUUCAUAUUACAGGACUGACAUUAUAAUCCACAUUUGGAGAUGAUUAGCCUCAUACAGUGAAAUGCAUCAUUUGUAUGAAUGACCAACAUAGUCCGAGGGUGGGCUGAGGGCAGCCCACAAGGGUCGUCGUGCUUCCUGGGCCAACAUAACAUGCCCACGACUCACUCCCCCUAACUGGUCCCUCUUUGGAAUUUGAGAGGAAGGCUGCGCGGUCACAGGGCUACACUGCAGAGAUGCGCACUGAACUAUUGCUUCCGAACAUUUAACACGCUUCUGCAACGUUGUCGGUGAAAUAUUUGCUGGCAUUUCAUGUCCAGGAGCUGAGGGAGCAGGUAUCAUGGACACCUCACAGGACAGUUCGAGCCUCUGAGCUGCAGUCUACGACAGAUGGAGAAGGUGUCUGAACCCUGGUCAUUCCUGAAGGUGGAAAAUCCCACCAUGUUGAAUUCAACCACCUCACCUGUAUCAGGAGUCCACUUGUGGACAGGACUGGGGUUGACCAGAGUCUCAGAGCAGAUUUCUCCUCUGCAGUCUUGUUCUUUCUGUAGUCGUGUAGAUGUUAGCAAUUGGUUCAGAGGUCAGGAGAUGAGAAGAAAACUCAAAGUUCAAAUUAAAAUUUAUUAUCAAAGUACAUAUUAAUCACCAUACACAACCUGAGAUUCAUUUCCUUGCGGGCAUACUCAAUACAUCCAAUAACUAUUAUAGAAUCAGUGAAAGACCAACUUGGUGGUUCAAUCAGUGUGCAAAAGAUAAACUGUGCAAAUACAAAGAGAAAGGAAUAAUAAUAAUAAAUAAAUAAAUAUAGAGAAUGGUUCAGCACAAACUAGAUGGGCCAAAGGGCCUGUUUCUGUGCUAUAGUUUCCUAUGAUUCUAACAUGAGUUGAAGAGUCAUUAAAAGUGAGUUCAUAGGUUGUGGGAACAGUUCAGUGUUGGGGUGAGUGAAGUUAUCGCCUCUUGUUCAAGAGCCCGAUGGUUGAGGGGUAAUUACUGUUCCUGAACCUGGUGGUGUGAGUCCUGAGGCUCCUGUACCUCCUUCCUGAUGGCAGCAGUGAGAAGAGAACAUGCCCCACUGGGUGGUGGGGGUCCCUGAUGAUGGAUGCUGCUUUCCUGCAAUAACACCCCGUGUAGAUGUGCUCAGUGCUGGGGUGGGCUUC